AUGUGCACUUCUAGUUACCUUUCUGGUCACCAUUUUUUUCCUAUGGAAGAAGAUUAUGUUGAUGUCAGAUUUAUAAUCAUAUCUAUCUAUCUAUCUAUCUAUCUAUCUAUCUAUCUAUCUAUCUAUCUAUCUAUCCUACUGAAACAAGCGAAAACCUUUCAUUUCCAUGAUCAUAAUGUUUUAUUCUAUCUAUCUCUCACACGCACAAACACACACACACAUUAUCUCUCUUCUUCUUUCUUUCUUUCUCUCACUCUCUCACAAACAAACACAUAUUCUUUCUCUCAAUUUUUUCUUUCUCUGUCUUGUAUGUCUGUUUUUCUGUCUCUGUCUGUCUAUAUCUAUCUAUCUAUCUAUCUAUCUAUCGAUUUAUCUAACUAUAAUUUUGUCAUUAUCUAUCUAUCUAUUCAUCUAUCUAUCUAUCUACCUCAAUCUGCUCAUAUCCGAAUGUCUACAUCUUGA